AUGUCAAUGGAGCCUCCGCCAUUCGAAGAAGCCUCGCGUUGUAACGUCUGUAAAUGCAGCUUCACCACCUUCCGCCGUCGGCAUCACUGCCGAUGUUGUGGCCGAACUUUAUGUGCUGAACAUUCAUCAAACCAAAUGGCCUUGCCACAAUUUGGUAUUCACUCUGAUGUGAGAGUAUGUGCUGAAUGUUUCAAUAAUGCCUCCAGAUCAAAGAAAGAUGACACGCCAGCUUCUUCAAAUGGUGUUAAUGCUGUAACAGAUUCAGUUUCGAGGUUGGAUAUCAAUGUAGUUGCAGAUACCAAAUCUAAACCAACAGCUGAGAAACUACCAGUUCCUGGCAUUUUAGAGUGCAAGUGUGGAAUGCCUUUGUGUAUUUGUGAAGUACCAGCUCCUCCAACUGAUUCUGUUACCCUACAGGCAAGUGCUCUCACAUGUCUGGUAAAAACUACUUCCCCUCCCACAAUUCAAUUGAAUCCAAAGCCAAAAAAGGCAGACCCAAUUCCAAAGAGCAGAGGUUCAACAUCAAACAUCAAACCAAGUACUAUAUUUAAUCUUGGUCAAGCUACUAACAAUAGCCUAGAUAGAUCAUCCACGGAUUAUGAAGUUAGUGGAGAGGGUUUGAGAGAAGCAAUAAAAAAUGGUGAUAUAGCUUCUGCUAAGAAGCUUUUGAGUCAGGGAGUCGAUGCAAAUUACUGUGACAAACAAGGUUCAUCUUUAUUACAUCUGGCAGCAGUUUUCAAUCAAACUGAGAUAGCUUUUGCCCUCAUGGAUCAUGGAGCACGCAUGGACUCCAAGAAUUUACAAGGUGAAACGCCACUAGAUUGUGCACCUGCCACAUUGCAAUAUAGAAUGAAGAAGAAGAUAGAAGAAAGUAUGCAAGUCGAUCCAUGA